AUGUCCACUAAAGCUGAAAGCAUGUCAACAAAUGGAUCAUCUGCUUCAAUCGAUUUGAAGCCUAAGACAGAAUCCGAGCUAUGCAUUGAAAGACUAGAAAUUUUCGAAAGGAUUCUGAUGAACUCAUCCCUGAAUCUGGCUGCGAUGCCAGAGAAUAGAUUACCAAAAAACUAUUCGAGCUCUGAACCCAGCCGAAAAUCCGAUGAAACUCGCGGAUCUAGUUCUCAGGCUGCUUCUGCCUCACGUCCCAACCUUGAGCCAGAAUUUGAUAAAAUCUAUGACUCAGAUCCUUCCAGCUUGGAAAGCCUUAGCAUAAUCGAUAGUCAAGACUCCGAGACAGACAGACAAGCUCGACAGCCCGAAGGCCAAUCCCUUCUUGCAACUGCAUUUCCCCUUGCCCACACCCAGGUAGAAAUACAAUCUAGGCAGAUGCAAACCGGUGAAACUACUGAUCAUCUCAACAACCCUGUGUUCAACUCAAGUAGUCUCACUCAAAGAACCGGCCAAGAUCUAAUCCUGAUCAAAUCAGUAUCACCGGAUUUAUCAAGCAACCAACUGUUCAGGGACCUUGCACCGCCUCAUUUGACCUUGACUUCGGGUGCAUCUUUAGAAUCGGCACCGGGGCCUUCGCAAAUUACAAAUGGACCGAUCCCACCAAGCGUUCACCCAGACGGGACGUCUUUUGCUCCGCAAGGCGGUCUCGUCAUACCUGCGCAAACCAUUUUCCGAACGAGUGAUGGAAAGAUUCAAUUUCAUAAUACAGUCCGAAUCUCUGGUGGCCUUGCUUCUAAGCCUAAAAUCAAGGCAAAGGCCAAGUCGCCGUCCCUAAAACCGCCUUCAGACCGUAGAAUCACUCCAGACCGCAAGCGUUCGAUGGUAGGUAAGAGUAGAGGAUCAACUUCGCCUUCACCUCUGCGGAAUGUGAAUGGCGAUUUUUCUGGACUUGAAUCCAGAACCAUUGAUCGGCGUGCUAUCCAACCUUCGUCUUCACGAAGUACUAUCUCAACAUCGCCCGGUCAUCAGUCUCUCCUGUCGCGGUCUCAACCUCGUUCACCUCCGCCCUAUCCGGCGUCUAUGCAGAGGUCCCAUCUCACACGUCAUCCCUCUGGCUCCGCAUCGCUGAGAAGGCCAUCGCUGUCAGACUCGAUCAGUGGCUCUUUCAUGGCCUCGACUAUUGCUUCUCGGUCAACAUCACCAGCUAGCAGCAUCUAUGCUCCUUUGAGAGUUCCCCAUGUUCGUGCACCAGCGCCCUUCUUCGGACCCACACCGGAGCGAGUAGCACGCGUCAGGGAACGACGCAAAGUCGCUGAACGCAAUGCAGAGCGAGCUAAAGGUGGUUGGAAAGCAUGGUGGAAUAACUGGUUUCAUCAAUCAGAUGACUCAACAUUGCGGAAAGGCAAGAUGGCCUCAGGUCAUCAUCACGAGCACCAUCAUUGCCCUAACAACAACCAAGAAGUUGAUGAAUAUGACGAGGACUCUGAUGACGGCUCUUGUUAUCAUGAUGUCGUAUUGGAGCACGAGCGAAGCAAACUUGAACGACGUCUCAAAAAACUUGAUCGAGCUGCUAAUAAAACACGACACUUGAAUUCAUCAUCGCACUCUUCACAUCCAAAGAUCACCAGUAGAUCUGUCGAUAAUUCGGGCAAGUUCUUUCAGGGAUGGUCGGGACGAGGAUCAGUUAGCAAGCCUACGACACAAGCCUCUUCACAUUCAGAUAGUCCAACACCGGUCCAGCCACUUCGUGGUAUCUUACAUAACAACGUAGAUCCUUCCUCUCCUAAUGCACAAACACCACUCUUAGGCGCAACCCGAACCUUGCCGCGUUAUCUGAAUCAAGACGGGACAACUACACUUCAAUCCCCGCCACCACCCAAAACUGAAACAGACGUUAGAUUUGGUAAAGCACCUGGUCGUUGGUUCAAAUUAAGUUGGAUGGCUUGGAAGAUCAAGACGAUCGUUUCUGGCUUCUUUAAGUCUACUCGUGAUAAGUUUGUAGAUUUGUUUCAUGUAGAUUGGGAUACGGAUGAUGAACAUUAUGAAGGAUGGGAAAAUGUUUGA